AUGUGCCAAUAUAGUGUCAUCGACGGCCACAUGACCCCGUGGCACGUAACUCACUACGGCGGAAUCGCACAACAAAGCCUAGGUCUAAUGAUCAUCAAAGAAACCGGCGUCCUCCUCCAAGGUCGCAUCACAUCUGGCUGCCUUGCCCACGCCGGCCGCAAGGCUUCAAACAUUCCACCCUGGCUCGGUGGUGUGACAGCUACCAAUGCUGUUGGCGGCUGGGUUAAAAAUGUCAUGGUCCCAAGGGCUAGUCCAUUUGCGCAAGGCGAUAUCGUUCCGAAGGCUAUGGCUUCUGAGGAUGUUCAGGUAUUCAUGAACGCCUGGAUGGCUGCUGUGUAUCGCGCGCUCGCGGCUGGAGUUGAUUCCAUCUGA